AUGAAAUCGAAAAAUUUGUUUUAUUAUUUGGCAAUUACAAUUGGAACAUCAUCAUUAUUAUAUCGAUCAUUUCAAUUGAUUAAAAAGAAAUUUUUCUUGAAAAGAAAAGUUUAUUUAAAUGGUUUAUCAUGUUCAUUUCCAUUGAAUUGUUAUUCUCAAGAUGAAAUGAAAGAAAUGUUUAUUGAAAAUUAUUGUGGCGGAAAAGAAAAUCUUCUGGAAAAAGAUUUUGAUUUUAUUCAACGAGUUUUUCAAGCUUCAUGUAUUGACACAUCUUAUGUGAAUUUAUCAAAAAAUAAUUUAUUCAAACGAAUGAAAAGAGAAGAAUAUACAAAUUAUGUUAAACAAACUUUAAUUGAAAUUUCAUGUAAAUCAGCGAAAAAUGCCAUUGAAAAUUGUCUUCAUUUAAAUUCCAAUGAAAUUACUCAUAUUAUUUUUGGAACAAUGACAGGAACAAUUGCAGCACCAUCAAUGGAUAUUCAUCUUGUUAAAGAACUUCAAUUAAAUUCAAAUAUAAAACGUUUAAAUGUUGAAUCAAUGGGUUGUUUAACUGGUUUUCGAUUAAUUGGUUUAUGUAAUGAUAUUGCAUUACAAGAUGAAAAUAAUAUUGUUUUAUUAAUUGUUUCUGAUAUUCGUUCAGCUUUGGGAAAUCAAUUAACGCCAUUUGAAUCCAAUCAACCAAUUGAUAAAUCCAAUGUGAUUAUUUCUGCACUUUUUCGUGAUUCAUCUGGUGCAGCGAUAUUUUCUCAAAAAGCAAUUUUCUCCAACGAACUUUCCUAUUGUCACAUUUUAAAACAUCAAUCAACAAUUAUUCCAGAUACAAUUGAAUUGGGUCGUUUAAAAGAAUUCAAUGAUUCAAGUAUUCAUCUUUAUUUAGAUAAACAAUUGCCUUAUGCUGUUUUUGAUGCUCUUCCAAAUUUUGUUUCGAAAUUAUUAAAUGAAUAUCAAAUUGAUAUUUAUCAUUGUCAAUUUGCUGUUCAUACGGGUGGACCAAAAAUUAUUCGUGGAAUAAAAGAAUGUUUAAAUUUAGAUGAUGAACAAUUAUGUUCAUCAUGGUAUGUAAUGACACAUUAUGGAAAUCUUAGUGGAUCAAGUAAUCUCGUUGUUUUGGAACAUUUUUGUCGAUGGAAAUAUUCGGAAAAUAAACCAAAUGAAAAAGGAAUUUGUUUUCCCAAAGAUUUCAAUCGAUAUAAAUAUAUUGUUGGACUUUCAUUUGGACCGGGAAUUGCUGUUGAAGGUGUUUUAUUCCAAUUAGAAUGA